AUGGAGGAAUGGAGAGUCAGAGGAAUAACUUCGCCAAAAUUUGGAAUAAUUUCAUCCGAGCAGCCUAUUAUUUGGCAUUUAAUUGUUCUGGAUGAACGAGGAGAUAUCCAAAAGAAAACAUUCAGCAAGUGGGUCAAUGCACAAUUAGUCCAGGAAUCCAAACCACCCAUUCAGGACUUAUAUUCAGACCUACGAGAUGGAACACACCUCCUUGCUCUACUCGAAGUACUAAGCGGACAAAAAUUAAAACGGGAGCGGGGUUUUAUGCGAGUACAUCAACUGAACAACGUCAAUAGAGCUCUUCAGGUGUUGCAUCAGAACAAAGUUCGAUUAGUAAAUAUUAGCAGUAAUGAUAUCGUUGAUGGCAACCCAAAGCUAACCCUCGGUCUCGUCUGGAGCAUCAUUGCUCACUGGGAGGCCAAAGCUGUCCUGAAAGAUACUGAUAGUAGUAUGGAACAACAGUACGAACGGACUGUAUUAACAUGGUUCUCUUAUUCCAUUGUGGGUAAAGAAACAACGCAGGGAUAUGAGCGUGUAGAUGUGAAAAACUUUACAAGUAGCUGGAGAGAUGGUUUAGCUUUCAACGCCAUCUUGCAUAGAUAUAGACCUGACCUUUUUGUUUAUCACGACCUAUUCAAAGAAGAGCCUGAAGCGAGGCUAGAGCAUGCCUUUACCGUCGCACAUAGUCAUUUCAACGUAGAUAGACUCCUUGAUCCGGAAGACAUCAAUGUCGGUGUACCUGAUAAGAAGUCUGUGUUAAUGUAUGUAACGUCCCUUUAUAAAGUACUAUCGACACAAAGCACCUUGAUACAAGAGACUGACCGUGUAGUCGGUUCACAAACUUCGCUCAAUCUCAGUCGCAGUUCAGCGCAGGAGAGUUUUACCACUGCAUCGCCGGACCUAUCCUUAUCCGACAUGAGUGAAAUAGAUAUAGAGAGUUACCAGGGGAACAUGGAGACUGUCCUGGCCUGGCUCCUGAACGCAGAGAGCCACCUGGAGCACGAGGAGGAGGUCUCCAGCAACGUGGAUGAGGUUAAGGAGCAGUUUCAUGUACAUGAGAAAUUCAUGGUGGAGCUGAUGACCCAUCAGAACAGCGUAGGGAAUGCCCUACAGGAGGGUAACCACCUCAUCAUAGAAGGAAAGGUCAACGAGGAAGAGGAGAGUGAGAUACGAGAGCAGAUGACCCUGCUCAACAGCCGCUGGGAAGCCCUCAGGUUAUCAGCUAUGGAAAGACAGUCACUAUUACAUGAAGUACUAAUGCAGCUGCAACAGAAGCAACUCAAAGACCUGAGGGACUGGCUCACAAAGACAGAACAGUUCAUCGACGACAGAAGCUUCAUCGGCGAUUGCUUGGAAGCCGUAGAUAAACAGAUCAAUGAUCUGCGGGAUCUUCAAGAGGACCUUGAGAAACAGCAAAGACAGGUCAAUUCACUAUCUCACAUGGUGGUCGUAGUCGAUGAGAGCAGCCCAGAAAAUGCAACGGCAGUUCUAGAGGAACAGCUGACCAGUCUUGGAGAGCGUUGGGCCAGCGUCUGCCAGUGGACCGAGCAACAGUGGUCAGUACUCCAGGAUGUCCAGCUGCAGUGGCAGCGGUACGUAGAUGCCCAGAGGCAGUUUGAGGCCUGGUUGAGCAAGGCCGAAUCCUCCUUGGCCAUCAUGAGACUGACCCAGCCGCACUCGGACACCGACGCCAUGGAGAUGCUCAAGAAGAUCAAGGCCCUGGAACAGGAGCUUGAGCUGCAGCAUGGUGAGUUUGGUCGUCUAAACACACUGGCUCAGAACAUCGUACAACACCUUGAUGAAGACCAUCCUGGAGUUUCCAACAUCCAGACUGCCUUAGAGGAGUUCUCACAGCGAUGGGACAGCAUCGUCCAGCAGAUGGAGAACCAGUCCAAAGUGGUUGCUGACAGUGGCUUCAGCCUCAACGUUGUGCCCAUCACCGAUGAGAUCAACUCCACCGCCAUGACCACCACCUAUGCUCAGAACGAUGCGGUUGUCACGGAAACCCUCGUCACCAAGACCAUCCACCAGACCGUCCAUGUAUCCUCUCCUUCCCCCGACUCCUCUGUGACUCCUCCCCCGCUUGGCCUGGCCAAGAAGAGGACCAGUGAGGACAGCGAGUUGAGACGGCGGUUCGAUGGGGAGCUGGGCAGUCUGGUGGCGUGGGUGGAGGACACCGAGCAGAAGAUCAUGUCCGAGGAUGAACCGACCCCGGACACUCCGGACCUCGAUCUCUGCAAGACAAUUUAUGAGAACCUUGACCAUGACUGGGAGGAAAGAAAGAGUAGGGUGAAGACAGUAUCAGAGCUUGCUGAUAAGCUGAUAGAUAUCACCAACGAAGAUGGUGCCUCACCAGAGCAAAUCCAGCAUUCGGUGAAGAGUUUCCAGAAUCGCUGGAACGACAUCCACCUGAUGCUGGAGGACCGGAAGCGAAAGCUGGACCAGGCGGUGCGCCACCAGGAGUUUGAAACGGAGCUAAAGCGAUUGAAGAAGGCCGUGGAACCCAUCCGGCAGUGGCUUGACGAGGACCUGGGACCAGUCGCCGAGGAUUUGCAGAGGAUCAAGAUGCAACUAGACCAGUGCAGGGCCAAACAGACCGAACUAUCAAUCAAUGCCAGCCACAUGGAGCGACUAUCCACUUCCGCCGCUGCCCUGGUCACCUUCGACUCCACCCUCUCGCGCUCCACCAACCGAGACCUCAAGGAGUUCCGCCGUCUCUGGGACAGCAUCAGGGAGCGCCUCGAUGAGCGGGAGAAACUCCUGACGGAGGCAAUGAACAGCGCCCCGCCUGCGCGGUACCUUGAAGCCCUGAGGGCACUCACCCAGUGGUUGGCCAGCGUCCAGGAGGCAUUGAAGGAGGAAGAGGUCUUUGUCUCCGAUCUGGAUGAACUUGAGGACCAGUUGCAAAGAUACAAGGAGGUUGAAACAACCAUCGGUGAGCAGCGUUCCAGCUACGACUAUGUUAAUAGGACAGGUAAGGAGCUUGUAGUGGCCGCCAGGACUUCUAAACAGGCUGAAAACAUCCAGAAGGAUGUAACUCAACUGAAUAGAAACUGGGAAGAUGUGACCAGGCUGUGCGAGGACAGAAAGGCGUUACUUGAUAGGUCUAUCAAUGAGCUUCGACUGUGGUUGGAUGAAGUGAGUGGUCUAACCAGUUGGAUGGAUGACCUUGACGUGUUCUUCUCAGCGGAAGAGGUUGCCCUUGGUGAUAUGGAUGUUCUCAAAGACCAACUAGAUCAAAGCAAGUGCCUUGAAGAUGAUAUCAAAACCUUGCAGUCCAACAUGGAUAACAUCCUUGAGACGGGAGAGCGGCUGAUUCGGGACGGUGACCCGGCUUUCUCGUCCCGCACUCGAGGAGAGCUGGAUGACCUCCACCAGAGAUGGAAGCAGGUCACGGGCCUCGCCGCGGAUCAUCGGACGAACCUCACUGAAGCAUACCAAAGAUGUCAAACUCUGAAAGCUUACAUGCAAGAGUUGACAAGCUGUUUAGAUCGUUGUGAAGCCGACCUCGGUCCCAGCAAGAAGCUCUCCAUCCAGGAUCCAGCCGAGAUCCAAACACAGCUUAAGAAAUAUUCCAGUGCCUUGGAGGAGCUUCAACUCAAAGAGAAGGUCGUCACCGACCUCCAGGAGGUCGCUGAAAAAAUCAACCAAAGUUCAGAGGUCAUGUCUUCGGUCGACAGGUGGACGGUGAUGAAAUCCCAGGUGGCUACCAAGCACAGUAUCCUGUCGGAUGCCUCCGGGAGUUGGAAGAAACUGAAGCAGAUGCUGACGGAGGAAGUGAUCUGGAUGGACGGCUUUGAAAAGAAACUUGGGAACCCGUCCAGCAGUCUGGAUGCAGAGGAGAUAUCGGAGGAGAUUGAUGCUCUGGAAUCCACCGUUAUGAAGCAUGUUGGAGACAACAAAGACCUCAUCACAGAGCUUGCUGAUAACCUCAUUGCCCAGGGCAUAAUGACUGUCACCAUCGAAAGAGAAGUCAAGCAGUUCAAAGAAAGGACUGAAGAAAUCUCUCAGCAGGCCAAGACAAGACAAGAGAAACUAGAAAACAAUGUCCAGCUUCUUCAGCGGCUUGAGAAGGACAUGCUGACCCUUCAGAAUUGGAUAUCUUCAGCUGACCGUACCCUCAAUGCUCGUCUGACCGCUCGGUUAUCGGCCAUCGAUCUGCCUGAUGAGUAUGAGCAAUGGAAGGUUGAACUGGACAUGAGGGAAUCUGAAUUCAUUAAUAUCAACACGAGGGCGCGAGCCCUGAUGGAACAAACCGCUUCAUCUGCAAAUCAGAGACUACAGCAACAAGUGGAGAUUCUUAGGAAAAACCUAGAUGACGUCCACAGCAAGUUCCGUAGGUUCCAGAAGCCGGCCGACUUUGAGCCCAAGAUGGCCCACGUCAAGGAGAUCUUGGACUCAGUCAUGGAGGGUAUUGGAGUCCUGGAACUGCGCAAUGGGGAACCAGAGGUGAUCCAGACCCAGCUUGAUGCUUGUAUGGGUUUCUACAAGACGAUGAGCGAGGUGAAACCGGAGGUGGAGUAUGUGAUCAAGACAGGACGAGCCUUGGUAGAGAGGGAGCGGGGAGAAGCUCAACUACAGCUCACUGAACGACUGAACAAACUCAAGAAACAGUACAACGACCUGGGGGCAAAGGUCACGGAUGGAAAGAGCAAACUAGAUAGAGCACUCAAAAUCUCACGAAAGCUGAAGAAAGAACUGACGAUACACCGCGAGUGGCUAAAGGAGUCCGGUGUGGCCAUCGACAAGCGCUCGGCCGACGAUAGACCGGGCUGUGCACCUCAAAGUCUUAACGAGGAGCAAGAGUGGUGUAAGCUGAUGGGUCAGGACAUCGAUAAACACAAGAGGGCGCUGAGUGACGCCCUGGUGCUGUCGGAGCAGCUUUCUAAGCUGUCUCCAGAGGGCGGGCUUGAUUCGAUGAAAGUAGAUGCGGAGGCGUUGCAGCAUCAAGCAGGGGAGUUGGAGGGAAAGCUAGCGCAGAGGAAAGCUCUUAUACAGACCUACCAGGAUCAAUUGAUGGCAUUCCGUGGUGACCUUUCAGGGGUCAAGGAAUGGAUGGGGGAGGCUCAGACGAAGCUGGAGCAAUCGCAGAGACUUUCGAGAGAGGAACUAGUCAGUGAGCAGGAGCGUCAAGCUUACCAGAGAUUACAAGACGAGGUGGACGAUCUGACCCACAAGGUCGAAGAAGUGAGAGACCAGGCACUGGAGCUGAUGAAACUUGGAGGAGAUUGCCGUCGAUCAACUGAACCUGACCUAAUCGCCCUCAACCAGACGUGGGAACUGGUGUGCAAGGGAAUCAAGGAACAGCAAGUUAAGCAGAAGCAAAUAGCUCAGGAGCUUGACAAAGAAUCCCGUCUUCAGGCUCAGGCAGAGGCCAAGCAGAGGGAACAAAGGCAACAAGAGCUCCAGGAAAGACUCGCGCAGCAACCGAUGGAAACCGACCUCGACUCCAAGCUCCAAGAAACCGUGAUUGACUCAAAACGUCAAAGACUCAAGCAGCAACCUCUAGAAACAGCGAUAGACUCAGAACAUCAGAGUAUCUCACAUGCAUCACCUACCGCCAACCUCAAUAACAACAAUGCGGAUGUAAUCAUCGAUGAGGCUCCACUUCGAGAAGAAAGAGUGGCUGUUGUAGAGACCAUACCAGUACAACUGACAAAGCUUGACGAAGCAGCGCCCUCUAUGAGCAACAUGGAGGUUGAUGAGCAGAUCGUGAAGCAGGAUGCAGCAACCGUCGCAUCCGCUCCAGUCGACCUUGAGGAUAUGCUGCAGGACAUGAAGGACCAGGUCAGCCAGAAACAGGUCACACCCUCUCCCACCAUGGAUGUCAAUGCCAUGGGCUACCUGCAGGAGUUCAACGACAUCCUGGAGCAGACCAAUGUCGCCAUUGACCUCUGCGAUCAUCGGUUGACGCGGGAUGGCCAGCUACGGGACAAGGACUUUGAUAUGGAGGUUGAUGCCAAUGUGAAGGACACUGAGGAAGCCUUGGAGAACCUUGAACCGGACGUGGAGUCCUUGAUCCAGCAAGGAGAGCAGCUCCUGCAGAUGACCCUGGUCAAGGAUCCAGCCCAGGCCGAGGAGCUGGAGCUCAAGAUCACCGGUCUCAAGGAGCGGUGGUCCACGCUGAAGAGGGACGCAGAGAGGAGAAAGGAUACCAUCCGAGAUGUGGUUCCAAGGUGGUGUCACUUCAAGGAACAGGUGGACGAGAUGGAGAGAUGGAUAGAAGGAGUAGAUGAUCAGAUGAAAGCUGGGAUGGAGGAUGAGGACAAACUGAAGGCAAUACAAGGCCAGAUCGAAGAGAAACGACAAGAGAUUGGGACAUUGAACCAGACUGCCCAGGAACUCAACACAGAUGGUGCCAGACAGGUCGCAGAGCCCGUCAUGCUGCGCAUGAACACACAAUGGCGAGAGAUUGAGCAACGAUUCACCCAGUUCAGAAAACCAGUCCGGGAGGAGGUCUUCGUUGAAAGAACGGUUACAGAACUAAAGACAACUUACAAAUUCGAAGAGAACACCGUACAGCAAGAGAGUGGGCAGAAGCCGGUGGCUGACUUCGGCACGCUGAUAGAAGAGGCCAAUGCACUGUGUGUUAGGGUGGUUGAGAUACAAAGUAAACUGAAGGUUCCGGAACUAACGGGAGCUGCCUUUGAAAAUUUCUCUGUGCAGGAGGACCAUGUGAAGGUGAGUGACAACGGAAGGAGAAUUGAAGUUUGUGUUAACAUCGCUGGAAGCCCGUGUGUUUUGUGGACACAGGUGGAGGGUGUGUGUUAACAUUGCUGAGUUUUCGUAUACAUGUAUGUGCGUGUAAAUAGGUGGUGAUGAUAUGAUGAUGAUGACAAUGAUGAUGGUGAUUAUUAU